AUGUCUGCUACACUGAUAGCCCUUCCUACGGUACAGCGUCUAAGCCCGCGCUGCAUCAGGAUCUUGGGCGGCAACCCAGGCAAAUUCACUCUGCAGGGCACUAAUACCUACUUGCUGGGCACUGGCCAUUUUCGUAUCUUGGUUGAUACAGGAGAGGGCCGCCCAAUCUGGAUACAAUCGCUCAAAGAAACGCUUUCCCAUGAGAAUGCGACGGUGAAGGCGGCAGUAAUAACACACUGGCACCAUGAUCAUACUGGGGGCAUUGCAGAUCUUGUGAAAGCAUUCCCUGAAGUCAAGAUUUACAAGAACAGUCCGGAAGCUGAGCAGUUGGCUAUUCGAGAUGGCGACAGCUUCACAACUGAGGGUGCAACCUUGACGGCUCAUCACACUCCGGGUCACACAAAGGAUCACAUGGCGCUCACGCUUACCGAAGAAGAUGCAAUCUUUGCGGGCGAUAAUGUGCUUGGCCAGGGCACUGCCGUGUUUGAGGACUUGGCAACGUAUCUUCAGAGCCUGAGUAAAAUGAAGACGCUCUUUUCUGGGCGAGUCUACCCAGGCCAUGGACCUGUGGUUGAGAAUGGCGUGGAGAAAAUCAACGAAUACAUAGAGCAUCGCCGUCAACGGGAAGAAGAAGUUUUGCGAGCAAUGAUGGCAGGCAAUGCUUCCGGUAGCAGUGAAACUUGGACGGCAAUGGCUAUAGUUAAAACGGUAUACAAGGACGUGCGUGAAGAUUUGCAUCAGGCAGCCUGUGGCGGGGUUGUACAGAUGCUGGCCAAACUGGAGCAAGAGGGAAGAGUCAAGCAGACCCAGGACGGAUGGCAGCUGCAAGACACCAAGAGUUUGAUGUGA